AUGUGGGUGAGCCCUGGCCUGACACCCAAGGUGUGCAGGGAGUUAUUGGCUUCAUACGCAAGGAGAAGUCGCUCAACAAAGCAGCCGAAACAGGGUCAGGAGCCCCAGGAGCAGGAGCCCCAUGUUCAGGGGCAGGAGCCCCAGGAGCAGGAGCCCCAUGAUCAGGGGCAGGAGCCCCAGGAGCAGGAGCCCCAUGAUCAGGGGCAGGAGCCCCAGGAGCAGGAGCCCCAUGAUCAGGGGCAGGAGCCCCAGGAGCAGGAGCCCCAUGAUCAGGGGCAGGAGCCCCAGGAGCAGGAGCCCCAUGAUCAGGGGCAGGAGCCCCAGGAGCAGGAGCCCCAUGUUCAGGGGCAGGAGCCCCAUGAGCAGGAGCUCCAGUGA